CGUCGGCGAUCUCGAACCAAGGCUAAUUCCCCGAGAGAGAGCGCGUAGCGUACUCCUUUGGAUAGAGGGAGAGGGGACAGCUAGAGCGGCGUGGCUGACGGCCUUUGCUGCCGCCGACUGCCUUCUAGGCGGCAGCAAUGGCUUCGCCGGCGGCCGAGAACGUGUUUGGCGGCGGCGGCGGCCGCGGUCGUAGCGCCGCUGACAGGUCGGACCGCUUCACUAACGGCACGCCACACGGCCUCUCCUCUUCUUCUUCAAGGCACUACCGCUUGGGGCGACCGAUCGUAGCAGCACCAGGAGGAGGAGGAGGAGGUGCUUCGGCCAUGACCUACCGCAGGGGAGCCAAGGACGAUGGCUGCUGCAGCGUCGGAUUCCUCAAGUGCCUGCUGCACACCUUCAACUUCAUCUUCCUGUUGUCGGGAUGCGCGGUGCUCGGCGUGGGUGUGUGGACGCUGGUGGCCAAGCGGCACCACCUGAGCCUGCUGACCACGGCCACAUACGCCUCGACGGCCUACAUGCUCCUCCUGGCCGGGGCGCUAGUCAUCCUCGUCACUGCGCUGGGGUGCGUGGCCGUCUGCCGCCUGCAUCGGUGCUUCCUCCUGGCCUACACCUUCCUGCUCCUUUUGAUCUUCCUGAUGGAAGCGGUCGCGGGGAUCAUUGCGUACGUCUAUGAAGAACAGGUGUGGCACGAGUUGGCUGAUGGAUUGAACACAACUUUCGUCGAGAGCUACGGCAUUGACGCAAGCAGAACAGAGGCGAUCAACGACUUGCAGCGCACUUUCAAGUGCUGCGGUGCCAAUGGUUUCGACGACUGGAAACACAGCGUGUGGCUUCGCAAGAACUCUCGUACCAACAACAAGGUUCCAGACUCCUGCUGCAAGACCAUAGGCCUUGGCUGUGGCAAGUUGGCCCACCCCUCAAACAUCUACUACGAUGGCUGCAUCAAUGCACUUGAUGAACAGAUACGGGAGCAUUUAAUCAUCAUAGGUGCUGUUGGCCUUGGAAUAUGCCUUGUCCAGGUUUUUGGCAUGAUAUUCUCCUGCUGUCUGUACCUGAGGUUACGGGACUACAGGAGGCAUCCGCAGUACUACUGAUGUUGCAUUUAUGGACUUUCUAAGGAAGUAAUCAUUGGAAAUGAGAGAGGAGGAUUUGUGCAGCACAAGAUGCACAAUACCACGCUGCAAAAGCAGUUGCAAGCUCUGGGGCGUCUUUACGUCACACCACAAUAAUUUGUCAGCCGUCUUACAGAUAUCUGCUUGCUUUUACACGACACGCCUGGUACUUUAAGGUCAUGAACACCAUACAGGCUAGCAGUGUGGCAUAGUCUUCUUGACAGAUGCAGUUUUUAAUAAUGCAAAUGGAAGCAAGCCAGAUGAAGGCUGUUGUUGUGUGACAGAAAGGUGCCUCGAAGUGUGUAACUCCAUUUGCAGAGUGAGAAAGGCGCUGUGCCCUUAGAACGGAAGAACAGGAAAUAUUCGGGCCUUUGUUCUGUACAUAGUGGGUCGUGCAGCUGUGUAGGUUAUUUAUUUGGUGCGCUAUAUACCAAGGAAAGAAUCUCGGUGUCAUCUCGUGUUCGGUCAUUUUUCGAAAAUUUUUUUGCUUGUUUGUACAUAUACGUGCGUGGUCUGCAAUGCUGUGAAAUGCAAUGUGUAAUUUAGUGUCACUCAAAGCAUAUUGUGAAGCUUUAUGUCAAGGUUGUGCUAAGCCAACGUCAAUGGUCAACUCAUUACAACUUCUAAGUGUGUGCUGUUUUGUUUCCUGUGACAGAAUCAAUAACAUUAAAAAAAAACAGAAAAGGCAUCUGAGAGAAGGCCUCAGUGUACUGAGGUGUUGGAGUCACAUGCUGCUGAUUCUGUACAGCAUCUGUACUGUUACCUAUUUAUAAACUGCGUAGCUUUCCUGUGAGGAUAGUGGCUAUUAGAUGUAAAUAAACUGUUUCCUCAAUGUUGCA